AUGAUGCCACGACUUCAAUUAUUUCUGUUGUUGCGUGAUAGAGCUUUUUUCACUGCUCGAAGGUGGUCUGUUAAUGACUUUACACUUCGUACGCAUACUUGCGGAGAAUUACGUGUGGGACAUGAAAACCAAAAGGUAACUUUAUAUGGAUGGUUACAAUUUAAUCGCCUAAAUCGUUUUCUGGUUUUACGAGAUGCCUAUGGCUGUGUUCAAGCUAGAAUUCCCGAAAAAAGGAAAGAUUUAAUCGAAAAAAUCAAAAUGAUCAACUGCGAAUCUGUUCUAAAAAUUGAAGGAGUAGUUGCAGAUAGAGGUGAACAAUAUCGUAAUGCAAAUAUGCGAACAGGUGAUAUUGAGGUAUUAGUGGAUGAUUUAAAAUUAUUGAAUACUUCACCAGCAAAUUAUCCACUGAAUGAAGUAACAUCUACAGAGGAGACGAAACUUCGAUAUCGUUUUCUGGACUUAAGAACAGAGCGAAUGCAGCGAGCACUUAGGUUAAGAGCAAACGUUGUUCAUGGAAUUCGAAAAUAUUUGGUUGAAAAAGCGAAUUUUACUGAGGUGGAAACACCAACUCUGUUUCGACGAACUCCCGGUGGUUCACAUGAAUUCAUUGUUCCUGCACCAAAACCAAAUCUUAGGAAAUUUUAUUCUUUACCUCAAAGCCCUCAACAGUUCAAACAAUUGUUAAUGUGUGGUGGUAUUGAUAGGUAUUUUCAGAUAGCUCGGUGUUAUCGUGAUGAAGGUGCAAAGUCAGAUCGACAACCUGAAUUCACACAAGUUGAUAUCGAAUUAUCUUUCACUGAUCAAGAUAAUGUUAUGAAAUUAAUAGAGAAUAUUAUUGUGGAAUCAUGGCCUAAAGAAUUGGAUGACUUGAAACCUUCAGCACCAUUUAAGCGGAUGAAAUAUUUGAAGGCAGAACGUUUAUUUGGUACAGAUAAACCAGAUUUGCGUAUUCCAUGGACUAUCGAAGAUUGCACUUCCGAGCUUUCAUUCUUACGAAAACGUGAAAUUCCAAAUUUUGUUGUGAAAAUUUUCAUUGCUAGAAAUGCAGAUGAUGUUGUAAAUGAGAAAAAUUUAGAUGAAUGGAGUCGAAUUUUGCAAGAUAAUAUGUUAUCAAAGAAUUUUAAAUUUCUGAAGAUGUCGGAAAAGAAUUGGUUUGUGGAAAUUCGAAAUAACAUUCUGAUAGAAAAAUUUGGCAUCAACGAAAAAGAUACUGCUGUCAUAUCGUGA